GACAGGAGCCCAAGGGAGAAAGACACAAGAAACCAAGGCUCCAGAAGAAAAGCAGAGCCGAGGAGAGCCGAGGAGACGAGACCAGAGCAGCCCAGACAGAAACCAAGAAGGGUCCGAGCAGACUGUGCUGCACCAGCGGCCCUAAGGAUGCUGCGGGCUGGACAGGCCAAGGGGAUCCUGGGAGGCUGGGGGGUCAUCUGCUUGCUGGUGUCUCUCCUCCUCCAGCACCCAGGAGUACACAGCAAGUGCUACUUCCAAGCUCAAGCCCCCUGUCACUAUGAGGGGAAGCAUUUCACCCUGGGCGAGUCAUGGCUCCGCAAGGACUGCUUCCACUGCACCUGUCUGCACCCCGUCGGUGUGGGCUGCUGCGACACGUCCCAGCAUCCCAUUGACUUCCCUGCUGAUUGUGAGGUUCGCCGGGAGGCAGGAACCUGUCAGUUCUCCCUGGUGCAAAAAUCUGACCCUCGGUUGCCCUGCAAAGGCAGAGGGCCCGUCCUAGAGUGGGGCUCAGCUAACACCCCUGUUCCUGGGGCUCCAGCUCCCCAGUCCAGCUAA